AAGAACCAAGCGACAGUGAUGAUUGCUGAUGAAAACAAAACAUAAUAAUAAUUCUAUCCAUAAUCCUAAUAGCCAUACAAGAAGAAUCAUAUUGAAAGAAUUGUCAAUAUUACCAACCGAUUUAGAUACUGAAGAUGUAAUAUUUUAUGCCAAAUUAAUUGGAAUCGAUCCAAUAUCCGAACCGGAAUUAUUGUGGAUAGCAAAAGCUGGAUUGCUUUCAUCAUUACCAUUCAAUUGGAUUGCAGUUGAAGAUCGAAAAGGUCGACUUUAUUAUUACGAUCAAAAAAAUCAAAAAUCUAGCUGGGAACAUCCAACCGAUUCAUAUUAUCGUCAAUUGGUUAUACGAUAUCGAAAUUUAUAUUCGGAUAUUCAGGCUAUUUCCAACAGCAAUAAUCGUACAUCAAUAUUAUCAUCAUCAUCAUCAUUGGCUACUACUUUAGCUGAUCCAUCUUUUAGCCAAAACCAGAAUCAGCAUCAGAAUCCAACAAUCAGUAUUAGCAGUGGAAUUGUUACAUCGAAUUCAAACGAAUCAUCAUCAUCAUCAUCAAUUUUAAAUGUGAAUCAACAAAUCAUCAAUUCAUUUGACAACGUAAUGAAUGAUUUUGCCAUCAAUAAUGACCAUCAUUUUAGUUCACCUUCAAUUGCUAAUUUGCAUUUUUUCGAUGACGAUGAUGAUGAUGAAAAUGCAGAAGCUGACAAACAACAACAAACCAACUCUAACCAAACAACAACAACAACGAAUGCAGAUAAAUAUCGACCAUCAAUGGACGAUAAUGACAAUGAUAAUCCUGAUAAAUCUAAAUCAUCAUCAUCAUUAGAAUCGUAUUGA